AUGGCGCCACCACCUCUCUCCCGCGGAUUGAAGAGAAAAGCCAAGAAGCAGCAAAUUCAACAGCAAGACGCAGAGCUCGAGCGCUUCGAUUCGCUCCCAUGGAACCCCUCUCUCCCCAACGAUGACAACGCCUUCACUCAACUGGUCGGCAACAACGAGCUCGAAGGAGGUUUCCUAAUGCUUGAGGAGAUUGAUGAGGCCGCAUAUGGGUUUCAAAUUCCUGAACCACAAGUAGCAAAUAGGAAUAGCAAGGAACACUGUAAGCAAAGUGAAAAGUCCAAGAAGCGGAAGCGCAGCAGCGGAGUUAAUGGGGGUGCUGGCGAUGGGGUUGAGGCGGAUGGAAAAGAGAGAUUGGGCAAGGAUGAUAACGAGCUAAACAAAAAGAAGAAAAAGAAACAGAAAAAGAAAAAGAAGCCCGACGAAGCUCAGAGAAUUGAGAAUGUUGAUGGAAAUGGUGACAAUGAGGUUGAAGACAAAAGUAAGGAUGAGGAUGUGAAAUCUAAGGAGAACAAGAAAAAGAAGAGCAAGGCCAAGAAGACCCUGGAAAAUGUGGAGAGUACAGUUGAUGACGAUAGCAAAGGAAAAAAAGAAAUUGACGAAGAGAGUUUCGAUGAAGAUGAGUAUUAUGCAUGGCAUGAGUUGAGACUCCAUCAUCUGAUCAUGAGAUCAAUAUAUAGGCUUGGGUUCAAGAACCCAACGCCAAUACAGAAAGCUUGUAUUCCUGCUGCUGCUCAUCAAGGGAAGGAUGUUGUUGGUGCUGCCGAAACAGGGUCUGGAAAGACCCUUGCUUUUGGUUUGCCCAUUUUGCAACGCUUAUUGGAUGAAAAGGAAAAGGCUGUAAAGAUGUUUGAUGAAAAGGGGGUGGAAGCAGAGAAGUUUGCUCCAAAAGGUCUUCUACGGGCCCUUAUCAUUACUCCCACAAGAGAACUUGCACUUCAGGUCUCUGAUCAUCUAAAGGCAGUUGCCAAGGAUACUGAUAUUAGAGUGGUUCCAAUAGUUGGAGGGAUGUCAAUGGAAAAGCAGGAGAGACUUCUAAAGGGUAGACCUGAGAUUGUUGUUGGGACUCCGGGGAGAUUAUGGGAACUUAUGUCUGGUGGAGAAAAGCAUCUCGUCGAGUUACAUUCGUUGUCUUUUUUUGUGCUGGACGAGGCUGAUCGAAUGAUAGAAAAUGGUCAUUUUCAUGAAAUGCAGUCAAUAAUUGACAUGCUUCCAGUGAGGAAUACAUCAACUGAAUCUCAUUCUGAAAAUGCACAAAAUUCUGUUGCGAUCUCCAACUUCCAGAGGAAGAAAAGACAAACAUUUGUUUUCUCUGCUACUAUAGCACUUUCUCCUGAUUUCCGUAAGAAGUUAAAGCGUAGUUCACAAAAACCCAACCAAUCAAUGUCUGAUGGGGUGAAUUCUAUAGAAGCUCUAAGUGAGCGAGCAGGGAUGAGAGACAAUGUUGCCAUCAUUGAUCUGACAAAUACAUCCAUUUUGGCAAAUAAGCUUGUGGAGUCAUUCAUUGAAUGCAAGGAAGAAGAUAAAGACGCCUACCUGUAUUAUAUUUUAAGUGUUCAUGGACAAGGUCGCACAAUCGUAUUUUGUACAUCAGUUGCAGCUUUGCGACACAUAUCAUCACUCCUGCGCAUUCUUGGCAUCAAUGUCUGGACACUUCAUGCUCAGAUGCAGCAGCGAGCUCGCUUGAAGGCAAUUGAUCGUUUUCGUGGAAAUGAACAUGGUUUACUUGUGGCCACUGAUGUUGCAGCAAGAGGCCUGGAUAUUCCUGGUGUUCGAACUGUUGUUCACUACCAGCUCCCACAUUCCGCAGAAGUUUAUGUUCACAGAAGUGGUAGAACUGCUAGAGCUUCUGCUGAUGGGUGCAGCAUUGCACUAAUUGCGCCAAAUGAGAGCUCCAAAUUUGCUUCAUUGUGCAAAUCAUUUUCCAAGGAAAGUUUUCAGCGAUUUCCCAUGGACAGUGCAUACUUGCCUGAGGUCAUGAAACGGUUAUCUCUUGCACGUCAAAUAGACAAGAUUAUGCGAAAAGAUUCCCAGGAGAAAUCAAAGAAAAAUUGGUUCGAAAGAAAUGCAGCAUUGAUUGAAUUAGUUGUGGAGUAUGAUGACAGUGAGGAGGAAAGGGUGAAAAGUCAUAAGCAAAAGAAAGCCAGCUCUGCGAGUUUAAAAAAGUUGCAGCAGGAGCUCAAGAUGUUACUUUCGCGCCCAUUACAACCGAAGUCAUUUUCACAUCGUUAUUUGACAGGGGCUGGUGUUUCACCUUUCCUGCUACAUCAAUUCGAAGAAUUGGCUAAGCAAAAAUUUGGCGAUAGCAGUGACUCGGGAGAUAAGAAAAGAAGCAAAUUGGUAGUAAUUGGUCAGGAUUGCGUGGAACCACUCCAGGCACUUCGGAGUGCUGGGCAUGAGGUACACAUUGAUGGGAAAGAGGUGGCUCAAAAGCGAAGAAACAUGGUGACUUUGAGGAGGAAAAGAAAAGAGGAGAAAACACGUUUGAGAGAUCAACGGAGAAAGCGGAAGAAACAGAUGAAUGAAGGAGAUUGAGCUGAAUGGCUAAUUGAAAUUUUGUAGCUCUGACGCUGAUAAUCUAGGUCAAACUAUGUAUCGUAAUUGUAAGUUCAGGAGUAACUUCCUGGCCUUAUAUCCUAGGACGAGUUAUCAUCUCAAAUUUGUUCUAAGAUUGUGAAUUAAGAAUAAUGGAGCUCCAAGUAAACGACGGCAAUUUCCUCAUUGUGUUUUGGUAAUGUAACGUGCUUAAUGAGCAUGCAAUGCAAGCUUUUCGAAAGGCGAAGUGCUUUUAAUGUCGCUA